CCCGCCAGGCCGUGCACACCUGCGCCGCGCGGCCCUUGUCGCGCACCUCCAGGGCGCCCCGUCCCGGCGGCCGGCUCCGCGGGGGCUGCCCCCGCAGCCCACCAUGACCGGGCCGAGGCUGGCCCUCGCCGCCGCGCUCCUCUGCAGCUGCACCUCGCCGGUGGCCGACGCCAACUCCUGGUGGUCUUUGGCCAUGAACCCCAUCCAGAGGCCUGAGAUGUACAUCAUCGGCGCCCAGCCGGUGUGCAGCCAGCUGCCGGGGCUGUCCCCCGGGCAGCGCAAGCUCUGCCAGCUCUACCAGGAGCACAUGGUGUUCAUCGGGGAAGGGGCCCGCAGCGCCAUCAAGGAGUGCCAGUACCAGUUUCGGCAGCGGCGGUGGAACUGCAGCACGGUGGACAACACUUCCGUCUUCGGGAGGGUGAUGAAAAUAGGCAGCCGGGAGACGGCGUUCACCUACGCGGUGAGCGCGGCCGGCGUGGUGAACGCCAUCAGCCGCGCGUGCCGCGAGGGCGAGCUGUCCUCCUGCGGCUGCAGCCGCGCCGCCCGCGCCGCGCGCCCCAAGGACCUGCCCCGGGACUGGCUGUGGGGCGGCUGCGGGGACAACGUGGAGUACGGCUACCGCUUCGCCAAGGAGUUCGUGGACGCCAAGGAGAGGGAGAAGAACUACGUGAGGGGCUCCGAGGAGCAGGCCCGCAUGCUGAUGAACCUGCAGAACAACGAGGCCGGCCGCAGGGCCGUCUACAAGCUGGCGGACGUGGCCUGCAAGUGCCACGGCGUGUCGGGCUCGUGCAGCCUCAAGACCUGCUGGCUGCAGCUGGCCGACUUCCGCAAGGUGGGCGACCUGCUCAAGGAGAAGUACGACAGCGCCGCCGCCAUGAGGAUCAGCCGCAAGGGCAAGCUGGAGCUGGUCAACAACCGCUUCAACAUGCCCACCCAGGAGGACCUGGUGUACGUGGACCCCAGCCCGGACUACUGCCUCCGCAACGAGACCACGGGCUCGCUGGGCACGCAGGGCCGGCUGUGCAACAAGACCUCGGAGGGCAUGGACGGCUGCGAGCUGAUGUGCUGCGGCCGGGGCUACGACCAGUUCAAGAGCGUGCAGGUGGAGCGCUGCCACUGCAAGUUCCACUGGUGCUGCUACGUCAAGUGUAAAAAGUGCACAGAGAUCGUCGACCAGUACGUCUGUAAAUGAAAGGAGCCGCCAAAGCAACAAA